AUGUUCGCUCAAACUCUGCGCAAGAGUCGUGUACCGAAUCCAAAGUUUGUAAUUUUCAAGGGGUCAUACUCUCGCUGCAUUUCCAUCGCUGCACGCGACGCGUCGAGGGAGAGGUCCGGUCCUCUAGCCGGCUUGCGCGUUCUCGACCUUUCCCGCAUACUCGCGGGUCCCUUUUGCACUCAAUUGCUCGCAGACUAUGGCGCCGACGUGAUCAAGAUCGAACAACCGGGCACCGGCGACGACACGCGUCACUGGCGCGCCAAGGGGGAGGCGGACCACUGGCUGGUGUCGUCACCCAUGUCGUUCUACUUCACCGCCGUCAACAGGAACAAACGCAGCAUGACGCUGGACUUGAAAAAGCAGACAGGUCUCAACAUCCUGUAUGAUCUUGUGAAGCGGAGUGACGUCCUCGUCGAGAACUUCGUCCCCGGGAAAAGCGACGAACUGGGUUUCGGAUACGACAAGGUGAGGAGCCUGAACAGCAGACUCGUGUACGCGAGCAUCUCUGGAUACGGCGCCAGCGGACCAUACUCGACCCGUGCGGGCUACGAUGCUAUCGCCGCAGCGGAGGGCGGGCUCAUGCACAUCACUGGCGAAGCAGACGGCAAGCCUCUACGUCCCGGACUGGGUAUGGUCGACAUGAGUACCGGCAUGCUCAUGCACGGAGCCAUCCUUGCCGCGUUAAGAGCCCGUGACACGACGGGCCGCGGACAGAAGCUGGAUGUCAGCCUGUUUGAGACGCAGCUGAGCCUGUUGAUCAACAUUGGCGUCAACUGGCUCAACAUGGGCAUCGAAGGUAGGAGAUACGGAGCUGCGCACCCAAGCAUAUGCCCUUACGACACGUACAGGACGAAGGACGGGUACCUGGCUCUCGGAGCAAAUAAUGAAAAGCAAUGGCACGUGCUGUGCGACAGGCUGGGUCGAAACGAUUUACGGGAAGACCGAAGAUUUGGGUCGAACCCGCUGCGGGUGCAGAAUCGAGAGGUGCUCGAUGAGAUCCUCAAAGAGACCUUGCUGCAGAAGACGAAUGCGGAGUGGCUUGCCACGCUUGAAAACAGCGGGCUUGCUCAUGGCCCAGUCAAUACGAUACAAAAGGCCUUUGAGCACCCGCAAGCUCAGGCUAGGGACAUGGUCCAGGAGAAAGAGUCGGCAUACACAGCUGUCGGCAAGAUAAUGAUGAUCGGCCCGCCAGUCAAAUUCAGCGAGGACGGAGCGGGGAUUCGUACCAUUGCUCCGCUGCUAGGCGAGCAUACUGAGGACGUGCUGCGAGAGCUUGGCUAUGACGGACAGCAAAUUGGAAGCCUGAGAAAGCAGGGCGUGGUAUAGCAAGCAUAGUCAAGCACAAAAAAGCGGUUGAAAAGAGCUCUGUAAAAUUCCG